AUGAGGAUCGAACGGGGGUGUACGGCGUGGCAAAAAGCUAAUUGCACCUCCGUUCAGCCCCUUUCACCGAGUUACGCCUGGCUGGCGCAUUCGAUAAUUAAAAUCACUUUUUGGAGUUUGGAAUUUGAUCGAAAUAAGGAUUGGGAAAAGAGGGCGAAAAAAAGAGUUCAUAUAGAGCUCAUCGAUGAGUUUCCCGGUCGAAGGAAAACGAUAUACGAGCUAGAUGCUUACGAAGCCAGUGGUCCUUCGUAUUACGAUAUCUUGCAACUUGGUAAAGUAGAAGAAGAAGUUCCACCAAAACGACUGGAAAUUCGUUACUCCAUAUCUAUGGGUGCUGGUAUAGCAAGGAUCGAUUUAUCUCCUUCGGUUCAACAAAUGCUUGGUUGCGUCAUCGGUGAAAACGUCACCACGGAAUAUCCAUGGGUAUGGGUGCAAAAGGAGACUAUCGAAGACGAUCUGCAGCUUCACUCCGAGAGUAGCGAGUUCUUAGCCAUGAAAGACGAGAUCUUUGAGUAUCCCGAAAGGAGAAUGCUGAUCGGUUACGCCCCUUCUAUCACCGAGGAGGGCCAAUUUUACAUUUGUCUAAGCACCGAGGCAAAGGAAAACGUAUUGCAGCAAAUUCAAAUUCAGAGGCGGAGUCACGAGAUUCGCGUGAGGAACGCCGUUUACAAGCAGCCAGCCGAGUGGAAGGAUCUGGGAAGCGGCAAGGAGGUCGACGAGAAUGUUAUCAAGAAUCAAAGACCCCAAAUCGAGAUCGAGGUCGUAUCUACGGCGAAUUUGCUCAACGUGCCAAUGAAUCUGGUAGACAGGAGAGCGGACGAUCAAAGGGACGGAUACAUCGACUUGCUGCCAUAUCGGCAGACAUUCGAGAACGUGUCACGAAGCACGAUAAGCAGGCCCACGCAAGUGACGCCCAGCAUCAAGGACAACGACGCCCAGACCGCGCCUUCAAUACCCGUAAAUUCCUCGUUUCAAUACCAAUAUGAGUACAAGCCGAUCGAUAUAUCCGCCUUUACGGAAGAAGAUACCGAGAAUCUCACGAGAUUUCUACGACGUUAUACCGACAUUAUAUGCGAUCAGGUGCAAAUGAACGCGACGUGGGAUAUUUAUGCGGACGAUUAUACAAAUCUAGUGCAUUACGAAAGAGACACAAAAGCACCGAUACCGGUAGAAUACAAAGAACAUCAAAGUUUUUACAGCAAGCAGCAAACAGAAGACAAAGUCAUCAAUGAUCUAUCCUGGCAUCCUGUAUGGAGUGAUAUCGCUUGCGUGACCUAUACUUAUUACGCCAAAUCAGAAUACUAUUUGGCUCAAGAAGUGUACGAUCAGGUCCUCAGAGAUUGUAAGGGUAACAAUGUAGCAUUAAUAUGGUCCUUUAAUGAUUGUUUGUCUCCGAAGUUGAUUUUGGAAUGCCAAAGGGAGAUCACGUCGAUCUCCAUUUGUCCUCUGGAUGGUAACACCAUCAUUGGUGGUUGUGCAAACGGUCAGAUCAGUAUUUGGUCCAUACCGGGUAAAAUCGAAAGCAUAGAAGCGGUAGUAGUGCACACUUCCGCUCAAAUAAAAUAUAAAGUUACUUUGCGGUCUCUGAUGACGUGGAUAAAAGAAAUCCCUGAAUGGUCGAUCGUAAGACCGGUGGCGAUGUCCUCGUCGUAUCAUAGCCAGAAAGGUGCCAUAAGCCAAAUAGCUUGGAUACCUCCUUACCACAAAGUUGAGAAGAACGGUAGAAUCCAAUCUUUGGAGAACGAUACGGCGUUAGAAGAUCUCCCUUUGCAAUUCAUUACCUGUAGCAUGGAUGGAACUAUCGCCUUUUGGGACCUCAAGUUAGCCAUCACAACGCUUAUGAAGGAUGUUCAAAAAGAAGAACAAAAAAAACCAUUGCCUCCCGAACUGAUGGAAUUCACUUCACCCUUUCGAUCGUUCGAUCGUCUUUGGAAACCAUAUUAUACUCUCAUCGUUCAAUAUCCGAACGAGAGUCGCUGUCCGAUGUUAACCACGUUCGACAUCUACUCCCCAAAAUUAAAGAGAGAGGAACUAUUUCCAGCUAUCAAAACGGACAUUACAAUAAGACGAUAUUAUAAAUUCGUAUCAGAGAAGCCCGAUUACAUAAUGGAACCAGAAAUCUUUAUUGGCACAGUCGAAGGUUACGUCGGACUCAUUACUUGGGAGGGAUUUGAGGACAAUAACUUGCUUAGACGAGAAGAAUGCAAAUGGAAGUGGAUAAAGCGUAUACAUAAUGGACCGGUUACGCACAUCGCGAGAUCCGAGUAUCACAAGAAAAUCGUUGCUACCGUGGGCGGAAAUAUUUUUGCUGUUUGGAGGGAGGACUUUGGGGAGCCGAUUAUUUGGAAAAAAUCGCAACUGCGUUACACGGGUUGCAGCUGGGUCAACUUUCGACCAACGAUUUUAGUUCUGGCGCGAUUAGAUGGAUCCAUGGAAAUUUGGGACUUUAUCGUUAGGAGUCAAGAACCGACUAUUACGCAAAGCGUGUCCGGUCAUAUAAUUAUGGGCAUUUAUACACAUGAGUUACCCUUGGAGCCACAGUGCAUGGCAAUCUGCGACUAUAAUGGUACUCUAAGGAUAUACACCGCUCCCCCAAUAUUAUUGACGUUCGAUGUUAGCGACAUUAAGUGGAUGCAAGAUUAUUUCGAUCAACAAGUCGAUAGGAUAUCUGAAUUUAAAAAAUGGCAAGACGCUUGGAACAAAAAGAACUUUGAAAGGAUCGAUAAGAAAAAGAAAUUAGACGAGAAGAAAAUAGAAGAGGAACGCAUAGAAGCGGAAAUAAAGCAUCGAGAAGAAAUGGCCGAGCUAUUAAAGAAAGCCCAAGAAGAGGAGAGAGCGAAAGGAAAAAGACGGAAGCCUUGGCAAUUUAUAGAGGAUACUAAAGAACGCUGGCGUGAGAUGGAAAUGAAACGCAUGCAAAUAACUGUUCUGGAGAAAAAAGGUCUCAGGAGGGACGUUCUUGAGAGACAACGAGCGCCAAUUUUAAAAAUACGCCAAGAAGCUCAAAAAAAAGAAAAGAAUAUUCGCGAGAUCCUGCAACAACGCGACCAUAUUUUCAAGGAGACCGUAACUUUUCUUUUUCCGGAGCAAGAAGCCGAUCAUAAAUUGGAAGAUCGUGAUCAGAUAUCCUUACCUUACAUUGUACCGAAGCCCUUGAAAGAUAUAGAAUUAACGAUCCCAGAAAAAUCUAAGAUUCAAGAAGAGGCACGACAGUUACUUGAAGAAUUUCAGGAGGUGGAACAAGAAGCUUUGGAAAUUAUGAUAUAUCAAGAAUUCGAGCACGUGUUCGAUUGGCCAACAGUUUUAAAGCAAGCGAGAAAACGAAAAGAGUAUACAUAUACUUAACAUUGUUGAAUACAAUUUUUAAUGAUAUGAAUCAUAACGAGAUGGAAACGCUGACGUAAUUUUUCUCUCAUCCGUAGUAUAAGGUUAAAAAAUUCAUUAGAAACCAUUUGAAACGCACGAAAUAGUUCGAAACUCUAAAAGAUGUAAACCCAAGCAAAUUCUUUCAAACGUAGAUGCAUACAUAAAUGUGAAUCUUAGAGAUUUAUACCAGACGUCGUAUUACAAAACGUAACGAAGUGAUAAGAUCCUUGAUACUACGAUAUUGCGAUCGACUGUUGUUCCUCGUUUUUCAAUAUCAAGCUUUUAUUAAAACUGCUAUUAUAAAGGGCCAAAUAUCAUGUCGGUGAAGUAUCCGCGUAAUCAACUUAAUUACGUAAAGAGCAGCGAUAAACGAGAAACGAUGAAUCGACCGGCGAAAAGAACCGAAGUUGAUGAUGAUGCACCUUCGGAGGAAAGAAAUGAGAAAGAGAGAGAAUGAAAGAGAGAAAGAGAGAGAGAGAGAGAGAGAGAGAGAGAGAAAGAGAGGGAGAAAGAGCAAAAUGUCUGGAGAGAAGUCGGACGGACGAUGAGAGAGGAAAAGGAAAGAGGGAGGAAAACCGUCGGCGCUCGACGAUUUUUCAUAAUUAAAGCGGAUUAAAACUCGCAGCGGCUUGCACGUAAAUGAAUUUGAAAUUUCAAACUAGCAACGACGAUCCAGCACUUUUUUCUUUCCAUCUUCUCUCCUUCUUCUUUCCCUUUUUCUCUUUCUAUUUCUUUCUAUUUCUCUUUCUCUUUCUCUUUCUUUAUCUCUCUCUUCCUUCCUUUCUUACAUCUUCUCGUACGUACGUGCACGCGAGCGCAAGAAGAAGGAGUCACAAGGGGUGGACCACAGAAACGGAGCUAGAGAACUUGUUCCCCAGUCUCUCUGCGUGUGCUCCUUCGUCCUUUAUUUCCCAAGAGCAACAUACUCUCGCUUCUGAUUUUAUCCAACUCGACGUCCGCUCCUUCAUCCGUGCGACAUUUCUAGCUACGCCGAAAUGCAAAACGAUCACGUUGACGUACGACGCGCGUUUACAAGAUUACACUCCCUAUUCGUUAUGACCCGAAGAAAUGCCGCAAAGAUUCUUCUCUUGCUCCAGGGACAAGUUGAAAAACCGUCGCGAUCCUUUGCCCUUGACGAACAUUUUUAUUAAUGCACGGCUUAUCCUUUCUAAAUUAAAUUCGUAUUUUUUGUCUCGCCAUAAAUAUAAAAGAAUCAUUUUUCUUUUUUCUAAAUCGUUAUCCGACUAGAGUUUUCAUAAUAUAUUUUAACAAAACAACGAAUUCUCUAUUAAUAAGAAUUCUUACAUGAUUUGUUACAUCCAAUAGUUUUGAUUUACCAUACUUUAAUAUGGGAAACGUGUAUUAAUUUACUUACAUUGGUAUCGUAGUAUCGUCAAAGAAACCUUUGCCUUUACAUACGUACAACUGCUCUUAACAACUCUUUCCUCCGGUGCUCGUUAGAGCCGUAUAACCAACCAUUUCCAAAGCUCUUUUCGUAUACUGCAUGUCUUGUACGUUGGACCUACGACCAAAAUAUACCAUUUUCUCGUUCCCUGUCAUAUCACCCAGUUUUCAACUUGUACUGUAGAGGAAAACGAGAAAGAUUUUGUGCUUUCACCUUCCGUCGAAAGCAUACUACUCAGACAUUUUCAUCGGUGUUCUAGUUCGCGUGCUUAAUUCCCUGAGUUCCCAGGGAAACACGCAACGGUCCUGUAUUAUAUACCGCUCAUACAUCUGUAAAAAGUUAUGAAAACCUCGAGUUUACGGAUGACCGAAAUAUCAACGUCCAAGGCAACCAAAAAACGUCACAAUUCGAAGGAUCUUUCAAGCGUGCUUGGAAAAAUAUAAAGCAAGAGGUAACUUAUAAUUAUAUAAAAUAACCUAACUUCGUUUCAAUUAUAUUACGAUAUAAGUCAGCUCAGGGUUAAACCUUGGAUCAAAGAAUACGAGACUUAUAUAAAUCUGAAUCGUUAGUAAUAAUAAUCUUUACACAAGGAUGACGUUUACAAAUUGCUACUCGCCUUUCGUUGUCUUGUUUCUUAAAUGACGAUUUAUCGUAGACGAUGAGAAGCGAGAUAAAGCGUUUCGUUCUCUUCGAUAAAAGAAACGAACACGAAGAACAUAGAUAAAGUUAAUUGUCCUUCGUGUCGAGUCGUUUCAUGUGCUACAUUCUUAUUACUAUGUAUCGCGCGUAAGGGAGCGAACGAGGUGGAUUACUGAUCAACCAACGUAAGUACAACGGGCGGAUCCUGUUCGACGACAGGAAGCGGCUUAAGGGAGAUUUGUUCUUGCCACGUUUAUCGUGACUUUUUGUGCGUUUCACGUGUUGGGAUAGUAGAGCCGUUUAAUCGAUCGAUCGAUCGUUCUUUCUCUCGCUUCUCUUCGAUGUACUUACUUCCGUAACUCAUCAUCGAGCGCUCUCGACAAUCGUCUUAUUUAUAUGGAAAAUAAUUUCAUAAAUAAAAUCGUGAACGAUGAAUCGCAAAAAAUAUUUUCGGAAAGUCGCACGUAUAUAUUUUUUAUCCCUCUCUCUUUCUCUAUGGAUAUUGUUUGAUUUACCACAUUAAUGCCGUAAAGAAUGCUCUCGAUAUCAACGAUGUAUGUAUCAACGAUGUAUGUAUGUGCAGCAAGUAUUUCAAAGCGGAUAGCUAGCUCAUUGUACGCACGAAAUAUGUCCAG